AUGCUGGGAGCAGGCCAAAUCGGAGGAGGCCCUUGUGCCCAUGGUGGAAUUCAAUCCAACGAACAAGGCAAGCGACGCCCUCUGCUCGUCCCGGAUGAGUACCUCCGACCGGUGAUGUACCAAUGGGCUCAGGCCAAGAAGACCGCUCGCCCCAGCAGCUACGCCACCACCACUGGCACCGUGGAGACCGAGGAUUACGACGACAGCUCGGACAGCGAUGAUUCCCUGUUCUCUGAUGACGACUUAACCAUCUUCCCUGACGAGUCAGUCUCCGUCAGAGGCCUCCAUCGAGGUCACUACGUCCCGCCUCCCAAAUCCACUGACUCGCAGAGCGAGGUGACUGUCCGAAGUGCCGACGCUUACGGUAGCCGACAUGCCAACCUCACGAACCCGUGCGAGAAGCUGGACUUCAUUGAGAGAAUGCCCUCCAUCGAUGGACUUCACCACUACCGCCUCAAGCUUGACGCCGAUAAGAUUGUCGACGACUGUCAGGUGAUGACAGCCUUCGGACCGAUCACAUUGCCCGGUCUCUGUAACGACGGGAGCAGGCCCAUAAAUCCGGUCUUGGCCGCCUUGGUGCGCGCACAAGAACCACUUACCCCCGAAGGCACCGAAGCUAUAUUGGCCUCCGAGGCUGCUCGUGCCCAGCUGACACCCGAAGCCGCUCGAGCAUUGGAGAAGACCAGCAUCAUCAACAUGGAUGGAAGGUGGCCCCAAUCCUGCAAGGAUCCCGAGCGCUUCCGCAACGGCUCUUUCGAGGUCAAGAAGUCCCCUAUUUCGGGCUUCGGUGUCUUCGCCAUAAGAGACCUCCUGCCGUACGAGACGGUCCUGGUCGAGAAGCAGGCGUUCGUCGCCAACGCAACGGACUUGUACGACCAGAUUGACAACUUGACACCAGAACAGGAGAAGGCGUUCCGUCGUCUUGUGGCGUUCGAACGGAACCCUAUGGAGGAUCGCACUGCUGCUCUGUUCAAAACCAACAGCUUCAAUGUCCCCGGUGGCGGUGCCCUCUUCCUCCUCGGCUCCCGCUUCAACCACGCCUGCCGUAGCCGCAACAACGUCGAGUACCGCAUCGAUCUCAAGGGCCUGAUCUGCUUCACCACCAAGAAGACCGUCCCCGCCGGCACCGAGCUGACGAUCCGCUACGCCGCGCAAUCCUACGACCUCUUCCGUGCCUGGGGCUUCCGCUGCACCUGUGGCGGCUGCACUCCGAUCACUGACGAGGAGAUCAUGGAGAUCAAGAUGAAGGGUACCGACGUCUGA